AGUUGGUAGUCAUCCGGCAUUCGCGCUGAAGCCUCAGUAGGCAGCAGAUCCUUGAGGCCGCGCCCGCGACGCGUUGCGUAUGCGCAUCUAGUGUUGCUUGUAGGGUGACGAUGUCACGGUAAAGUGUCCGCUCAUAUCUCAUAACGUGAUCUCAAAGCGGGAUUCUUUUUUGUAUAAAAGUGUAAGAGUGAAUUUGACAAAAUGGGUUUAGAUUUCUUAGAACAUGGAGCGGACUUCGAAAACGCGAUUUCUGCUGCCGGCUUCGGUCGGUUUCACUUCUGCCUGCUGGCGGUCACCGGGCUGAUUUACGCCAACACAGCCAUCGGCAUCACUAUAGUAUCAUUUGUACUACCAGCCGCCACAUGUGACUUCCAGAUGACGUCUUCAGAUAAAGGGUGGCUUACAGCCGCACCUAUGUUAGGCAUGGUCAUUGGUUCAUACUUCUGGGGUUGCUUGGCCGACACAAAAGGACGGAAAAUAGUGCUGGUCUCCACACUUUUGAUGGACGGCUUCGUGGGAAUCUUCUCCUCAUUCGUCCAGAUCCUGCCCAUCUUCAUGGCCUGCCGUUUCAUCAACGGGUUUGCGGUCGCUGGCGCUAUGGGUAUUUGCUUCCCAUACCUCGGCGAGUUCCAACAAACCAAAUACAGAGAGAAAAUCCUCUGCUGGAUGGAAAUGUUCUGGACUUUGGGUGUCAUCUUACUGCCAUUAAUAGCAUGGGCAAUCAUCCCCAUCACUGGUAUUCGCAUAGAACGCGGUUGGUUCUCAUACGACUCGUGGAACUGGUUCGUCGCGGCUUGCGGUGUCCCAUCCCUAGCACUUGGCUUCUGGCUUCUCACUUUCCCUGAAAGCCCUAAGUUCAUGAUGGAAUGUGGGGAUUACGACGAUGCCCUUAAAUGCUUGAAGACAAUCUACAAAUCGAACACUGGAGAUGAUCCUGACAAUUAUCCUAUCAAAACCUUAAAGGAGAAAGAACGAACCGUGUCUGUAGCUUCCCAGGGCUCACAGAAGUCUGUGCGAAGCCUCAGCAUGCGUAAGAAGAAAGACUUGAAAAGACUUUUCGGCGAAAUCUGGGUACAGACCAAAGCUUUGUGCAAGCCCCCUUACCUCAAGAACACAAUUCUCACAUGUCUUAUUCAGUUUGGCUUAACUACAAGCUACUACACCCUCAUGAUCUGGUUCCCCGAGCUGUUCAACCGUUACGAAACCUACGAAAAGGCCUUCCCCGGCACACACGCCUCUGUCUGCACCGUCGCCGAAUACAAAGUGGACAAUUUGGAAGGGGGUGUGGAAGAUGACCCCUUCGACUGCAUGAAGACCAUAGACAAGAGCGUCUACAUGCACACUCUCAUCGUCGGAUUGGCGUGUAUUCCUACGUCUCUAUGGUUGCCGCUUUGCGUACACAAACUUGGCGCCAAAUUCUUCCUUAUCUUCAGUUUGAGUUUUGCUGGUGCGGUGACUGUGGGUCUAUACUACGUACAAAAUUCGACGCAAAAUCUUGUCCUGUCGUGUAUUUUCGAAGCCCUCACUUCGCUGGCCAUCAGUCUUGUGUUCUGCGUGCUUGUUGACUUGUUCCCUACGAAUCUUAGGGUAAUGGCGGCCGCGUUGUCACUGACGGCGGGUCGAGGCGGCGGCCUCAUCGGCAACCUGUCUUUCGGGUACCUCAUCGACCUUAACUGUGUGGUGCCUAUCGUUGUCUUCUCAGCAUUCUUAUUCAUUGCUGCAAUCCUCUGCUUCUUCUUGCCAAAGACAGGUCAAGAGUCUCUAGACUAAGUUCACAUCAAACCUAGAUAGUGCAAAUUAGACUUUAAUGGGUAGAUCACAAGUUGUGUGGCUGUACAUAUCAUUUAUUAGGAUGUAAAUAUUGUGUUAUAAGUAUUAUUUAUUUUCGACAAGCGAGUCUACUGUAGUAUCAUGGCCUACCUUGUGUUCAGUGUGAAUCGACGUGUCAAAAUGAUCAGGUGGUCCAGUGAUACUCGCCCCGAAGUUACCUAAGUAACGAAUAUGAACCAGUAUUUUAGAAUUUGACUGUAAUAUAAUGCCCUAAUUUAUUGUUAUAAAUAUUAAAGGUUUAUUUUACCUAA